AUGCUGCGCGGGCUCGCGCUGCCGCGGGCGCUUGCGUCCGCGCUGCCUUUGGGAAACCAUCGAUCCUCCCCACGCUCCGUCCCGCCGCGAGCGCCGCCGCGCUGGGUCCGCCCGCGGGCGCUGGCGUCGGACGCCGACGCGCGUUCCCCGUCGUUCUCGUCGCUGGACGAGCUCGCCCAUCAUCUUCGAAGCCUCACGGGGGACCCGCUCGAAUCCGACGGGGGGCGCAUCGUGACUUUCCGCGGCGACACGAAUGCUCGCGUCAUGAUCAUAGGGGAGGCUCCCGGGGCUGAGGAGGACAAGCUCGGGGUGCCCUUCGUGGGUCGCGCGGGCAAGCUCCUCGACGAAAUCUUCGCAUCCGUCACCUUGAGCACCGAUCGUCACUGCUACGUCACGAACGUGGUCAAGCGAAGGCCGCUGAACAACCGCGACCCGACGGCGAGGGAGAUCGAGUGGUACCGCGGGUACCUGCGCGAGGAGAUUCGGCUGUUGGACCCGGCCAUCAUCGUGUGCACGGGGCGACACUCGAUGCGCACGCUCCUGGGCAAAAACUGCGAGGGCAUAACCAAGAUUCGGGGAAGGUGGUUCGACGUCGACGGGCGCGUCGUCAUGCCCAUGUUUCACCCGAGCUACCUGCUGCGGAACCCGCAGAAAACCCCGGGGUCGCCAAAGGCGCUGACCUGGGACGACAUACGCGAGGUGAAGCGCAAGGUGGACGAGCUUUCGCUCAUCGAGCCGGAGGCGUAA